AUGACCGAUCGAGCCACUGACCGGCCUCGGCCUCGGGACGGUCAGGACAACGCAGGUCGGCUGGUCAGGGGCGCCAGUCGCGACGUGAAAGGCAAGCAAGAGCCAGGGCAGCCGCGUGCCGCUGGCGGCGUGCACGGCAGUGUGGGGUUUGGAAAACUGCACCGCGCUUCCCGUCCCCCUGUCUUCUGGGCCCCGCGCACUGCCAGGCCUGUGCUCCUGCUGGCACCACCCCUGCGCCUGCUCGCCUUUCCCAACCGCAUUCCUGCCGAGCUCAAGACCUGCCUCCUCCAGAAAGUCUAUCUGGACUGCUCCAGCCAGUUGUCCCUCUGCCUCCAGAUACAAUACAGGCCGUCCAGUCUAUCGGAAUUUCAGAAACGAGGCACAGUGAACCCCCUCCCCAUCAAAGACAGCUUUGGAUGCAGCUUUGGAACAAUCACUCCAACCCUCUUGGAAAAAGCUGAAUCAGCCUCCCCUGGGGGCUGGUGUGGUCUGGACCAGUGGACAGGGGUGCACCUGAAGGUGGUGGCCCCCAGUCCAUCAGCUCCACCUCCAGGAAGCCGUGUGUGGGCCCACGAGGCCCCCAGAUCCCCAGGACAGGGACAGGGGCUGUCCCCACACAGCCGGGGGGGCCCUGGAGCUUCCAGCCCCCCUGUGUGGGCACAGGCCAGGUUCCCAUGGGUGCUGGUGAAGCGGCCUGCCCUGUAUGCAGCCCUUGUGGGCAGUGAAUGUGUGAGUGGACACAGGGAGCCGGAGGGGCAGGUGCCCUCCUGCUGCUCUGCUCUGCCCCCAGAGUCAGACUCCAGCAGCCUGCGCCGGCCCCCACCUCUGCCCGGGUCAGGACCCCAAGGAGCACAGGGCGCACAGCCUAGCUGGCCACCCUGGGCGUCCCCAACCCCGGGUCAGCCCGCAGGAUCCCGCGGCCCCCUCCCCUCAGGUGCCCGCUGCAGGGCAAAGCUGCCAGGCUGGGGGUCCUGCCAGCGGCUCACGUGCCCCUUCCGUCUUGUCCUGGGGAUGCCGCUGGAGAGGCCGCGGGUCCCGCACGCUCGCCGCGAGCCCGCCCUGGGUCCCGGCAGCUCGGCCGUGCGGGGCCCGGCGUGGAGCCGCGAGGGGCGUGGCGGGCGGGCGCGGGCUGCGCUCACCUGCAUGCCGGGGCCGGCGGCCCGGAGGCGGUCGCGGCGGGCGGUGGGGGCCGCGGGGCGAGCGCGGCGGCGCGUCCGACCUGACUUCCGCGUGGGACUCACCCCUGCCGCCGCCGCCGCCGCCGCCGCCGCGCCCAGGUGCAGCCGGGGAGGAGCCAGCGGCCGGUCCCGGGGCCUCGGACGCCUGCCUGGGGACCCGGUGACGGGGCGGGGAGGGCCGAGGAGGGACGGGGGUCCCCGGGGCCGGACUCCUGCUCUGCGCCACCCCCCCCACCUGAAGCCGCCGCCCCUCCCGCUCGCCUUGACCCUUGCCCACUCCCAGGGCACACCGCCCCCUCUCCCCUCCACAGCAUCCAGCCUCACCCCCCCCAAAUCCAGGGCUGAUUCCCUCGUAGGGGAAACCGGGGCAAGGAGGCUUGAGGAUGAGACAGACUCCACAGGAAACUACCUUCUCCCACCUGAGCCCCGGCUUGGUGGACCCCAGCCAGGGGGUCCUCCGGGGCUGCGUGGGCGACGGAGGGGGCAUCUGCACCAGGACCCCAGGUCCACAGCACCUUCUGUGCAGCCUGGGCCAGGGCGGCAGCUGGGGGAGGCUCUGGGCAGCUUGAGAUGCCUCACGGGAGCAGGCACAGGCCCUGCAGGGAAGACCCCUCUUCCAGGCUGGGCCUCUGCUCCUCAGGUCUGCCAGAAGCGGUCCUUUCCUUCACACCAGGGUGGCAUCAGGGGAGCAGAGGGCCAUCCCCGGCUGAGCUUGCAGUGCCCGCUGUCCAAGCGCCCUCCACCAACCCUGAGAGAACUCCCAGGCGGCGCGUGUGCAUGCGGCGGGGCACCUCCGCUGCUGAGGAGAGGUCUGCCCGUGCACCCUUGCCCAGGCGGGAGACCCCCAAGUCCUGCUGCCUCUGGACGCCACGAUGGACACCGUCCUCAGAGCUGCUGCGCGACUGCCUCGCUCCCGCCCCACUGGCUUGUCUCCACGUCCUGCGACAGACCCCGCCGGUCCAUGCGUGCCCGAGGGGGAAGGACCACGCCCCCCGAGGACCCGCCCACCCAGGCCACGCCCCGAAGACCCGCCCCAGCCUCCCGGCGCGGAGACCCUGCGCUAGGCGGCCCUUCGCGCUGCGUCGGGGGCGCGCCGGGACCCCAGUGGGGCCGGCACAUCUCCCCGCCCUGGCCCCUGCGCCCUGGAGAAACGGCGGUGGCCCCGCUCCGCCUCGGGAGAAGACUCUCGGCGCAGUUUGGGAGCAACACUCAUACCCAGGAAAUGAUCCCAGCACCACCGAGAGGGUGGCCGGAAUGUGAGCGCCACCAGCUGGGACGGGAGAAGAAGGGCCCUGGAGGAUGGCUCACGGGGACCCAGGCCUGUGGGGUGAUUGCUGGAAAGACGCGGUGGGGGAGAGCGGCCUGCUCUGCGCGCCUCUCGCUGGGUCCGGCAUCCCUUACCCGCCGCGUCAAUCCGUGCGGCCCGGUGCCGUGGGGACCGACGCCCCGCUUCCCCCACAACGCAGCUGGGAACGGGGACCUCGUCACGCCCCGCGCUCCUCCCACCCACUCGCACAUUCGCACACUCGAGAACCAGCACAGCGAAGCCGGCUGCCCUGGCCACCCAGGCGACCCCACGUGGGCUGGGAAGGCCCAACCGCGCACCUCCCGGGGCCGGCGUUCCCUGGCACUGUCGGGAGGCUCCGCACAGCAGGCAGGGGCUGAGGUGCCAGGAUCGGCCGGCGAGGAAGGGGAGGAGUGUCGAGGGGUUCGGGUCAGGCCGCCAGGAUUUGCCUGGGCAGCCCCGCGCCGCGGCAGCCCCGGGUGGACGCGCACCCCACGCCGCUUGGCCACGCGACCUCGCGUGCCGCAGGCGGGCUCCGGUUACCUAGCAACCGGGCAGCAUCCUUCCCAGCAAGCCCUGCUCCUAACCUAUGACGUCGGGGCCACGAGGCCCAGCGUGCCUCACGGCCGCCGCCGCGCGGACUACAAGUCCCACAAUGCACCGCCCACCCUUUCCUAG